AUGCGCUUGGUGCACAUCGCCUGCGCAAGAGGCCAUCUGAACAUCGUUGAAUACCUGCAUCGACAUCCCCAGAAUGAGAAGGGUGCAUUCCAUAUUGAUAAUGUGCAUGUGGCAAUCAAGAAUGGCCACUACAACAUUGCCCGGUUUCUGCUUCUCAAUCGAAAGGAGGGCUUUAACAAUGAAGCCCUUGAUGAGGCCGCCAAGUGCUCGUUGGAACUGGUUGCAAUGAUGGCCGAGAGAUGGCCUCCAGCUUGCGCCAAUAGAUUGAUUGAUGUGGCGGCGGAAUCAUCAUCAGUUGACACUGUUGCCCUUUUGCAUCGGCUAGGAUAUGGAUGCACUAGCAGAGCAAUGCACACAUCAGCCUCCAAUGGGAACACAUCUGUGGUCCAGUUCCUCCACGUCCACAGAACAGAGGGCUGCCAACAAGACAAAAUGUCGAACGCAUUAAAGAAUGGACACUUUGACAUUGCCAUGUUCUUGCAUCAGCAUCGCCAUGAGGCCAAGAUAUCCGACCAUCUUGACCUAGUUGCUCGCCACUGUUCGCUCGAUUCACUAAGGAUGGUGCUUACAGGCAAGGAGAAGGGUAGGGUAGGCCGGUUCACCGCUGAGGCCAUGCUCACCCAGCGCAUUGACAUGCUCGAAUACCUUCACAAUCAUCACUCUCUGCCCUACUCUCCUGCGUGCAUGGAAUUGGCUGCCAUCGAAGGGAACCUCCACAUCAUCCAGUUUCUCAUAGUCAAAGGAUUGGACAUCACUGGAUAUGUAUUUGGUUUGGCAGCUCGAAACGGACAUCUUUCGAUCAUUGAAUACCUGCACCGCGAAUAUCCAGAGAUCAACUGUACCAGCGGCGCCAUUGAUGGUGCUGCAAUUUAUGGUCAUUUCAAUGUGGUGCGAUUCUUGCACUCUCACCGAACAGAGGGCUGCACCAACUUGACAAUGAGCCAUUCAAUUUUACAGGGACACAAGCAAAUGGUUAUGUUUCUUCACCAGCAUCGAACAGAGGGCUACGAUCCAAUGGUGAUCAAAGAGGCCAGCAAAUCCAUUGCUUAA